AGUCAGGUUUAUGUGAAGCUGGAAACAGUUUGAGCAGAACCAGAUUUAAUCGUCAAAUUUGAGUUGUUUAAGACACUGAAAUAAAAAUUGUAUUAAUGUGUUUCAUUUGUUUUGCUUGUAAACUUUGGCGUUUCUGUCAUUUCUGUUCUUUUUUGUGUCCCACUCGGCACAAAGACUAAAUAAACAGGAAAUAAAUAUGACCUCGAGGCAUAGACACCGUCACGCUUGCCACAAUGUUUGGUCUGUUCGUUAUGCAGAGUAAUGAAAAAUUACUCUGAAUGCAAAUAUGCAUGACAAGAUGAACUAAGAAUUUUUCAAAGAGACAUAUUUAAGCUAAUUAAUAUUGUUUGCCUUUAAUAUAAACAGCAAAUUAUUCCGGUGAUUUUUUUGUGUGUAAUCGCUUGUUUAGAAGGAAAUGUUUUCCCACAAAAUGUUUACUGCAUUGAAGUGGUAUCAGAAUGUAAGUAGAUUGGUUGUAAUGUUUGUUGCCUUUGUCAUUUUGUCAUGAUAUAAAGACUAAAGAAACAGUAAGUAGCCUAAAUGACCUGCAGACAGACUGAACACAAACCUGCUACACUGACUCUGUAUAUCCCAUUUACUUAAAACAAGAUUAAAACUACACUUGGCCAUACAAAAUAUAAAACUUUUGAAAGGGAAAAUGGUAUACGUCUUUAAUAUAAACAACAGAACAGCAGUUUCCAGUUCAGAUUGUGUUUUUUGUUCUUGAAAAGGUAUGAGAAAAGGAAUAGCAGUGGUGAAAUCUUCUCCAACAUCAUCGAGAAGAACAACAAGGAUAACAAGUAUUGAUACUCCUCUAUCUAUGUCAUCCUGCAGUGAACUUCAGUGCUCUAUAUGUCUGGAUGUGUUCACUGAUCCAGUCAGCACUCCAAGUGGACACAACUUCUGCAAGACCUGUCUGAAUAAGUGCUGGGACAACAGCCAGACCUGCAACUGUCCAUACUGUAAAGAAACAUUCAACCAAAGACCUGAUCUCAAGAUUAAUACCACACUCCGAGAGAUCGUAGAUCACUAUAAAAAUAAAAGUACUGAGAAAAAACCUGAAGUUCUGUGUGAUUUCUGUGAGGAAAGAAAGCUGCAAGCCCUGAAGUCGUGUCUGGUGUGUCAGAGCUCUUACUGUGAAACUCACCUGCAGCCUCAUUUGAGAGUGGCAGGUUUAAAGAAACACAAACUGAUGGAGCCUGUGAGUAAUCUGGAGGACUAUAUAUGUCAGAAACAUGAGAGACCUCUGGAGCUGUUCUGUAGAGAUGAUCAGACAUGUGUGUGUCUGUCCUGCACUGAAGGAGAUCACAAGAACCACAACACUGUUUCUUUAGAAGAAACCGAGUUGAUGAUCCAAGACGUGCAGAUGAUGAUCCAAGACAGAGUCAAGAAGAUUCAAGACAUCAAACACUCAGCAGAAAUCAGAAAAAGAAACACAGAGAAGGAGAAAGCAGCCCGUGUUGAGCUCUUCACUGAUCUCAUCCGCUCCAUUGAGAGAUGUCAGACUGAAGUGCUGGAGAUGAUGGAGGAGCAGCAGAAAGCAGCAGAGAAACAGGAGCAAGAGCUCAUUAAAGAUCUGGAGCAGGAGAUCACUGAGCUAAAGAUGAGAAACACUGAGCUGGAGCAGCUCUCACACACUGAAGAUCACCUCCACCUCCUACAGAUUUACUCAUCCCUGUGCAGCUCCACAAACACCAGGAACUGGCCUGAGAUCAGUAUGAAGACUCAUAAGAAUCUGAAGACUCUGAGGAGAGCUCUGACACAACUGCAGGAAACUCUGCAUGAGAAACUCGCACAAACUGAGCUGAAGUGGAUGCAGCAGUAUGCAGUGGAUGUGACUCUGGAUCCUGAUACAGCUCAUCCAAACCUCAUCCUGUCUGAUGAUGGAAAACAAGUGAGAUAUGGAGACAUUUGGCAGAAACUCCCAGACAACCCAGAGAGAUUUGAUCACAGUCCAAAUGUCCUGGGAAAGGAGGGAUUCUCCUCAGGGCGAUUUUAUUUUGAGGUGCAGGUGAAGGGAAAGACUAACUGGACUUUAGGAGUGGCCCAAGAAUCCAUUAAAAGGAAGGGAGAGAUCAAACUGAGACCCGGUAAUGGAUUUUGGACAGUGAUUCUGAGGAAUAAGAAUGAAUAUAAAGCUUGUGCUGGUCCCGCUGUUUCUCUGUGUCUGAGAGUGAAGCCGCAGCGGGUCGGUGUGUUUGUGGAUUAUGAGGAGGGUCUGGUCUCCUUUUAUGAUGUGGAGUCCAGCUCUCAUAUCUACUCUUACACUGGACAGCCUUUCAAUGGGAAACUCUAUCCAUAUUUCAGCCCAUCCUUAAACUAUGGAGGUGUAAACUCAAUCCCACUGAUCAUCACAACUGUCACUUACAAUAAAUGAAUUAAUAUCCCUGAUAUGAAAGAUGAAAAUAAUUUUAUGCAAAAACUGUGUAUGUGGGAUGAAGGUUCUUUAAUGGUUUGUUUUUCAGUUUCAGUUUGUUUUUAGAAUCUACUAUAAUUAUAUAUUUUAAUCUUUGUAAUGCUUGUUUUAUUCAUGACAUUUUUCUAAUCUUUACCUGACACUCGAAAUUGUCUGUAAACUAUUUACAUCAAAAUAAACCAAUGUAAUCUCAAUAAACUGUUGUAUUAAG